AUGUCUCACACCGCAAAGGACGAUGAGGCGCCUUAUCAGCAGCACGCAGAAGAGGUCGAGUCUCAGAUUGCAAAGCCCACCCUCGAUCCCGGCCAUGUCGACCGCGCUGCUCAGAUGAUAGGUACCCAGCACAUUGAGGUCACAGAAGAGGACAAUAAACGCCUUCGUCGCAAGACAGAUAAACAUGUCCUCUCCAUCCUCGUCUGGGUCUACUUCCUCCAGAUCCUCGACAAGUCCGUCCUCGGCUACGGCGCCGUCUGGGGUAUGCGCGAGGACACGAACCUCAGCGGCAAUGAAUACUCCAUGGUCAGCUCCAUGGCUCCCAUCGCCCAGCUCGUCUGGCUGCCCUUCUCCUCCUGGCUCAUGGUCAAGGUUCCCCAUCGCAUCUUUAUGGCCAGUCUCGUCCUCGGCUGGGGAACCGCUCAGGCAUGCAUGGCAGCUUGUACCACCUACCAGGGUCUUAUUGCCACUCGAUUCCUGCUUGGUCUAUUUGAAGCGGCUUGUCUUCCGCUCUUCUCCGUCAUCACAUCGCAGUGGUACAGACGUGCUGAACAGCCAAUGCGCGUUGCUUGUUGGUAUGGAACCAACGGCGCGGCCAACAUGUUCGCUGCGGCGCUAUCGUUUGGCCUCGGUCAGAUCAACGGGUCGCUUGCGUCGUGGCGCAUCCUGUUCCUCUUCGCCGGCCUUAUCACCGUGCUUACAGCCCCCGUGGUCUACUUCGUGCUUGACAACGAUAUCGUCUCUGCGCGCUUCUUGACAGAGCAUGAGAAGCUGCAGACGAUCGAACGACUCCGCGCCAACCAGACUGGAACUGGAAGUCGCAACUUCACGUGGUCCCAGGCUUUGGAGGCGCUUAUCGAGCCCAAGACAUGGUUGUUCAUUGGCAUGGCUCUGUGCCUCAACGUGACCGCCGCCGUGACCAAUACCUUUGGACCUAUCAUCGUCGGUGGCUUUGGCUUCGACAAGGGCGUCACGUCGCUGCUUAAUAUCCCGUUCGGUGCUGUACAGCUUCUCGUCAUUUUCCCAGCCUCCUACCUUGCGCACCGAUACCGCCUAAAGUCAGUCUUCCUUGUCGGCGUCAUGCUGCCCGUUCUUGCAGGCGCUGUGAUGCUCCACCAACUCGGACGCGACAACACAGCGCCUCUCCUCGCCGCAUACUACAUGCUCGCGUUCCUCUUUGGCGGCAACCCACUCAUCGUCUCGUGGAUGAUCUCCAACAUUGCCGGCACCACCAAGAAGUCGGUCAUCAUGUCCUUGUACAACAUUGGCGUCUCGGGUGGAAACAUCAUCGGUCCUCUGCUGUUCAGCUCCAAGGAUGCGCCCACCUAUAAGCCUGGUCUCACCAAGACCAUGGGAAUUACCGGGGCUAUGAUUGGUGUGAUUCUCUUGCAAUUGGUCAACUUGAUGUUCUUGAAUAAGCUGCAGGAGCGCAAGCGUGUGAAAAAUGGCAAGCCAGCUAAGAUUCGAGAUCUCAGCAUGGAGCAUCGCUAUGUGGCAAAUGCACAAGAAGGAGAGGAUGAGGGCCAAUUGGGUCAGAACGCUUUCUUGGAUUUGACCGACUCCAAGAACGAUGAGUUCGUCUAUGUCUAUUAA